AGCCUGCGCCACCCCAGGGUGGGAAUGCUGAAGCAGACACACAGUUUAUUUUUGGGUCAGUGACAGUGUGUCAAUGGCCGCAGGUGCAUCGCAAAGGAAGGCUCUGAGAUACCAACAGACCCUGCUGUGUGGGGAGUAUAGAGAGCACCCCGGAGGGUCCUAUCGAAGAGAGGCCACCCGUCUGCUGAGAGAGAGGCAGCUGAAGAAGCGUGAUGGACAUCAAGGACAACUUCAACAGGGACACCUUGGCCAAGGCAGCCACAAGUGGACUCACAGUCAUGCCCACCCAGGCAGCUCGCACCACCCAGAUGUGGAGAUAGGAGGGUCCCAUGAGGGACCUCAGAAGAGCCACAUGUUCUCUCUAAAGAAACAGCGCUCCUACUCCAAGUGCAAGGACUGUGUAGCUCGUGUACAGAGGUUUUUAGUAACUAAAUUAGGAGAAGACUGGAUCUUCCUAGUGCUUCUUGGUAUUACCAUGGCAUUAGUCAGCUGGACCAUGGACUAUGCCAGUGCCAAGAGUCUCCAAGGUUAUAAGUGGAUGUAUAGGGAGUUGAGAGGGAAUAUCUUAUUGCAGUACUUGGUGUGGGUCAUCUAUCCCAUGGUGCUCAUCAUAUUUGCCACUAUCUUCUGUCACCUGGUUGCUCCACAGGCUAUUGGUUCUGGUAUCCCAGAGAUGAAGACCAUCCUCAGAGGAGUCGUGCUGAAAGAGUACCUCACGCUCAGGGCUUUUAUUUCUAAAGUGGUUGGACUCACUGCUGCACUAGGCAGCGGUCUGCCAAUAGGUAAAGAGGGUCCUUUUGUUCACAUAGCCAGCAUGUGUGCCACUGUGCUCAGCAAGUUUAUGUCCUUUUUUUCUGGUGUCUAUCAGAGCCCAUACUGCUAUACAGACAUUCUCACAGUCGGUUGUGCUGUGGGGGUAGGCUGCUGUUUUGGUACUCCUCUUGGAGGGGUACUGUUCAGCAUUGAAGUUACUUCAACCUACUUUGCAGUGAGGAACUACUGGAGAGGCUACUUUGCUGCUACUUUUAGUGCCUUCAUAUUUCGAGUGCUUUCAGUGAUCAAUAAAGAUACAGUCACCAUCACUGCCCUGUUCCGCACCAAGUUCCGUAUGGACUUUCCUUUUGACCUGCAGGAGCUUCCAGCAUUUGCCAUCAUUGGCAUUGGUUGUGGUUUUCUUGGGGCUUUCUUCGUCUACUUGAACCGCCAAGUCAUCCUUUUCAUGAAAAGACCCAACGCCAUUACACGCUUCCUUACCAAAUACCGAGUGAUUUACCCAUGUGUUGUUUCCUUUGUGAUCGCAACACUGACAUUCCCUCCAGCUCUUGGACAGUUCAUGGCAGGAGAGCUGAUGCCCAGAGAAUCCAUCAACUCUAUGUUUGACAACUUCACCUGGAACAAGAUCUGGGGAGCCCCUGUCCCAGCUGGUCUGGGACUAUCUUCUGCCUGGCUUCACCCUGAUGUCAAUAUCUUCAUCGUAAUUGCUCUCUUCCUCAUAAUGAGGUUCUGGAUGUCAGCCAUUUCCACAACAAUGCCUGUCCCCUCUGGAGCCUUCAUGCCUGUAUUUGUACUUGGUGCAGCAUUUGGUCGUCUAGUAGGGGAGAUCAUGGCAGCCCUCUUCCCUCAUGGCAUUCUGUUUGAUGGGAUCCUCUAUCGCAUCAUCCCUGGAGGGUAUGCUGUCAUUGGUGCUGCAGCGAUGUCAGGGGCAGUCACUCAUACAGUCUCCACUGCAGUGAUUUGUUUUGAAAUAACUGGUCAGAUCUCCCAUGUUCUGCCCAUGAUGGUGGCAGUUAUCUUGGCCAACAUGGUGGCACAGGGCCUUCAGCCCUCCCUCUAUGACUCCAUCAUCCAAGUGAAGAAACUGCCCUACUUCCCAGAGCUGGGAUUUGGCCAUAUCAGUCAACAUAAUGUCUUUGUUGAAGACAUCAUGGUGAGAAAAGUGAAGUUUCUGUGCUCACAGUCCACAUACAGAGAACUGCUACAUCUACUAGAAUCCACUACCCUCAAAACCAUCCCUCUGGUGGACUCAAAAGAAUCCAUGAUACUACUGGGCAGCAUUGAGCGGUCUGAGCUCCUUGCCCUCUGUGAUUGGUGGUUGUCAGCAGAGAGGAGGAUUCUUAUGCAGGACCCGGAUUUGUCAGGGCAAAUUAUGUGUGCAAGGGCCAGCUGGGAAACCUUUGCCUUUGUGGAUGAAGAAGGAGAAGAGAUUUCAGAUGAUAAGAAUUCAUCCAUACCAGAAGAAAGGAAUGGCCCUUUGCCUUCAUCCAAAACUGCAGAGCCCUCCACAAAUAACACUGCUUCUGAUAAAGGUCCCUUCCGGUCGUUCAGAAGAGGUUUAUACAGUUUCUUCUCCUCCUCUUCAGAAAGACAUGCAGAAGGUCAAGCAAAGGAGCCGCCUCCUCCACCCCUCACUGAUACAAUGACUCCUGAAGAGGUUAAAGCAUGGGAGGAGUCAGAAAUGGAUAAGCCACUAGACUUUGACCAGAUCAGAAUAGAUCCCUCCCCAUUCCAGCUGGUAGAACGAACAUCACUACACAAGACUCAUACCUUGUUCUCAUUACUUGGUCUCAGCCAUGCUUAUGUAACAAGCAUAGGCAAGCUGGUGGGAGUUGUGGCACUUAAAGAGCUUCAGAAAGCCAUUGAGGGUUCCGCAAGUAGUGGAGUCCUCAUGCGCCCCCCGCUGGCAAGUUUCCGCGACAGCACCCGCAAGACCUCCAAGGCCUCCCCUACUUGUGCACCCCCAUCUUCUCCCAAAUCCUCCCCAGUCACUUCCCCUCCCUCAUCUCCAGAAGCACCCCAUGUCCCAGCCCCAGCUCCUGAGAUCCCUGUCCAAGAUCAAGGUGAGACAGAGGUGUAGAUUGAAGGCCCAUCUCCAACUACUUCAUCUCAUCCAUCCAUUCAUCCCUCUCUCCUGGCAACCUCCCACAGGGGACAGGAAAGAUGGCAAUAAAGAAAGCGAUGAUGAGGAACCCAUUAAAUAGCUGUGAAAUACAAUAGGCUUAUUUUCCAUUUUUAAUUUUUUUGUUGUUUUUUUAUUUAAGCUUUUAUAGAAUUUGUAACAUUGUCUUCAGUGUUUAUCUAAUCUCAGUCCUCUACAUGAAAGUCUUGUUAAGAGCUGAAGCUAAACUGUGUAGGCUGAAUAGAUCAUUUUAUUAUGUGCAUCCCCAAUAUUCGUGUGUUGUUUAAACAACUGUCAUACAAUUUUCAUAUUCUUUCCAUGCUAAAUGUUUCACAGGAAUAUUCUAGGAAGAUUUUUGUAUUUUGUCCUCUUUCCUGCUAAAUGCAAUAUAUCUGAAGAAAAUAGGGUGUAACUGCAGUGUACUGUAACAAAUAUGUAGUGGUAGAAAAAAAAUGUACCUUAGUGUAAUAGACAAAGUUUCUAGAAAAACAAGACAUUUCAAACAGAGGUC